GUGCUUGUAGCGCGGCGGUUCCCGGCGGCCCCCGGGGCGGGCGGGUGGCGGCUGUUCGUCGCCCGGCGCUCGCUCGCUCGCUCGUCCGUUCUGCUCGCUUGGUGGGCGGGCGGGCGGCCGGCGCGAUGUCGGGCGAGGACUGCCCGGCAGCGGGCCCGGGGGCGACGGCGGCGGCGGCGGCAGCCCGCGAACGGCGGCAGGAGCAGCUGAGGCAGUGGGGGGCGCGGGCGGGGUCUGAACCGGGCCCCGGGGAGCGUCGCGCCCGCACCGUCCGCUUCGAGCGAGCCGCCGAGUUCCUGGCGGCCUGUGCGGGCGGCGAUCUGGACGAGGCUCGCCUGAUGCUGCGCGCAGCCGACCCUGGCCCCGGCCCGGGUGCUGCGUCCGACCCCGCCGUCCCGCCGCCUGCCCGCGCGGUGCUCGACUCCACCAACGCCGACGGCAUCAGCGCCCUGCACCAGGCCUGCAUAGAUGAGAACCUGGAGGUGGUGCGUUUCCUGGUGGAGCAGGGUGCUACUGUGAACCAAGCGGACAACGAGGGCUGGACGCCUCUGCAUGUGGCUGCCUCCUGUGGGUACUUGGACAUUGCCAGGUACCUCCUGAGCCAUGGAGCCAACAUUGCCGCUGUCAACAGUGAUGGAGACCUGCCUUUGGACCUGGCUGAGUCGGAUGCCAUGGAGGGGCUGCUGAAGGCAGAGAUCACCCGCCGAGGUGUGGAUGUCGAGGCAGCCAAGCGGGCUGAGGAAGAAUUGCUGCUUCAUGACACAAGGUGCUGGCUGAAUGGGGGUGCCAUGCCAGAGGCCCGGCACCCCCGGACCGGGGCCUCUGCUCUGCACGUGGCUGCUGCCAAGGGCUACAUCGAGGUGAUGAGGCUGCUACUCCAAGCUGGCUACGACACAGAGCUCCGGGAUGGAGAUGGCUGGACACCCUUGCAUGCAGCAGCCCACUGGGGUGUGGAAGACGCCUGCCGUCUCUUGGCUGAGCAUGGUGGGGGCAUGGAUUCGCUGACCCAUGCGGGGCAGCGUCCCUGUGACCUGGCUGAUGAGGAGGUGAUGAACCUUUUGGAGGAACUGGCCCAGAAACAGGAGGACCUUCGGAACCAAAAGGAAGCCUCUCAGAGCCGAGGCCAAGAGCCACAGGUGCCCUCAAACAGCAAGCACAGGAGGAGCUCCGUGUGUCGUUUGAGCAGCCGUGAGAAGAUCUCCCUGCAGGAUCUGUCAAAGGAGCGCCGGCCUGAUGGGGCAGGGGGUCCCCCUCUUCGGGACGAAGAUGAGGGAGAAGAAGCCCCAGCUGAUCACCCACCUGUGGAACCAAGAGCCCUCAAUGGCGUGUCUUCCCCUGUGUCCUCCAGCCCCAAGAGCCCUGUGCUGCCAGAAGACGCUCCCUUCUCCAGGCGCUUUGGUCUCCAGAAGACAGGGAGCUCUGGUGCCCUGGGUCCCUCAGAAAGGAGGGCUGCAGAGGAAGUUCUCGGUCUGCAGCGCUCAGCCUCUUCCUCCCUCCUUGAAAAGACCUCCUCUCGGGCCAGGGAGCCCCGUCUUGCCAGAAUAACUCCUACCCCUGCCCGGAAAGUGCCAGAGCCCUCUUCCCUGUGUGAGGCUGCCACGCCUCCUUCUUUGGGUCACUCCGCCCCACCCUCCAGGACGGAGCCUGGAUCCCCAGUGAAGCCAAAUGUCCUCUCGGCCUCUGCAGCACCCCCGGCUGAGUCCAGGGAUCGUAGGAGGUCCUACCAGAUGCCUGUGCGAGAUGAGGAGUCUGAGUCUCAGCGGAAGGCUCGCUCCCGCCUUAUGCGGCAGUCUCGGAGGUCCACACAGGGUGUGACUUUGACAGACUUGAAGGAAGCUGAGAAGGUGGCAGGGAAGGCCCCUGAGCCAGAGCAGCCUGUCGUGCCCAGCUUGGACCCUUCUCAGAGACCUGGGGUCCCCGGCGUGGAGAAUGCUGAGGGCCCUGCCCAGAGAGCAGAGGCGCCCGAAGGGCAGGGCCAGGGACCACAGGCGGCCAGGGAGCACCGAAAGGUCGGCCAUGAGCGGAGGGGGCCAGCAGAGGGGAAGGAGGCGGGACCAGCAGAAAGGAGCCUGGAGUGCAGCACUGUAGAUGGCGGCUCCACUUCCCGCAGGCAGCGUUCGCAGAGAGACCUCAAUCCAGAAUCCAAGCAGGAACACGAAGAGCCUGAUGGAAGCUUCCGGAAGCUGUACAUGGAGCUUCGAAGGGAGAAUGAGCGGCUUCGUGAGGCCUUGACAGAGACCACCCUGCGGCUGGCGCAGCUCAAGGUGGAGCUGGAGCGGGCCACACAGCGGCAGGAACGCUUUGCUGAGAGGCCCGCCCUCCUGGAGCUGGAGAGAUUUGAGCGGAGGGCCCUGGAGCGCAAGGCUGCAGAGCUGGAGGAGGAGCUCAAGGCCCUGUCCGACCUCCGGGCCGACAACCAGCGGCUCAAGGAUGAGAAUGCAGCACUGAUCCGCGUCAUUAGCAAACUAUCCAAGUGACUCUGGAGAAGUUCCCGCACCGCAUUUAUGCAGCUGCUUUUGACACACGCACCCCUUCCCCCGAGUGAACAUGAGUGACAGGGCUCCGGGGGAAGUUGUUGAGAAGCCAUAACCUCCUCUCCGGACCUCAGAACCGGGAGGAAAGCACAGAGUCCCCAGGAACCAAGGCGGGCCCUUUGAGGCCAGGAUGGAGGUGGGAGGCUGAGCCAGGUAGGGAGACGUUGCUGAGAGUGGGCAGGCACCAGAGAUGGGACCAAGAAGGAAGCAAGGACCAAGAAACACAGGAUCAGUAUUCAGGAGCAGAGUGGCUGCCCCGGGGUCCCACCUCACGUGUGAUGCUACCCAGCACCCCUCCCCUCCCCAGCAGGGAUCCAGGAAUGUGCCAAGAGCCCGCUGGCCUGGCCAGGCGGGCCGUAUAUAGGGUCCAUGUGCAAUAGGGAGGGUGUCUUCUGUUUUUGCUGCCCCCUUCCCACCCAUGUCUGGGGAGGGGGAGAAGGUAUUUUUGAGACAAAGCACAGGCACCACAAAUAAAGUCGUGACAUUGCCACUCAG